CCUCAGGUGAGAAUUAGUUUACAUCUAUUGUUCUCCCUCCCCCCCCCCCCCCGGGCAAUAAACCUCUUCUGUGUUGAAUCACUGGCUCACCCUCUAAACAAAGGCAGCGAUAUGCGAUAGCAGCAGUGACUGAUCAUUAUUUUAAUUAUUCCUUAACGACGCACGGACGAAUCGAACCGGGUAUAUACGAGUAACUGACUAUUUUUGCGGGUGCGUGGGUUUGGUUUUGUGUGUAUAUAGCGAGGAACUAGGAGAGAGACAUAAACGGGAAGGGGGAGGCAUUGCUGCGGGAACUCGAGUUGGUUUGAUUUGAUGUUCAAAACAUACAUACAUCAUAUAAGGGUGAAAGCUAUCGCGCACCCGACACAUUCCGCACAGCGAGAGCGGGGGAAAAUAAUUAAGAAAGCAAGGGAAAAGGGAAAUAGGAAAUAGGAAAUAGGGAAAGAUGGCACGACUCAGCCGCGCGCCGCCUAAGGGUGUGGUGGUGGAUAUUAGAGAGGAUUCCGACGUUGGGGAUACAGAUGGCUCCUCCGCCUACGAGAAGAACCGGGGGAAGAACGCUUCGAGGACACCACCUAGGGCUAGGCGUGGAGGUAUCACGCGUGCGUUGAAGGCGGUUGUAGCUACAAACGCAACUAUAGAUACUGGCGCUGGCAGAGGUACAACGGCGAAAGUGCACGGAACAAAAGCAAAUCCGAAACCCUUGCGCGGUACUAGAAGUCCUACGAAGACGAGAACAGAUGCACAUAGCAAACCCACGGCCUCCACAGCCUCCGACGACGACCAUCAUGAUGAUAGAGACACCCCGUCCCCACCCCGCCCCACAGCGCAAACACCUCGAAGCAGCGGUCACCACAGCCAACGACGCCAGCUAAGACCCCGACACACGAACUCGCUCCUCAUGCCGUUCCCCGCGGCGAUUGGAAGGUAUGAUGGCCUGACGCCGGGAAGGGGAUUGGGGGAUGUCGAGAAUGCGCCGUUGCCGGGGCAGUUGGAGGAGUAUAAGUAUGGGGCUGGGGCUAGGGUUGGGGAGGGGAGGAGGGAUAAAGAGGGGGGGAAUGGCAGGGGGAGUAGUGGUGGUGGUGCUGAUGGCGCUGGCGUGAGGGAAGUGAAGGAGAUGACGGGGAGACAUGAAUGGAGGGAGCAGGGGGGCGUUGAGUCGGAGGAGGAAGAGAAAGAGAAAGAGGAAGAAGAGGAAGAAGAAACUGAUGAAUUUGACUCGUUGGAUGAUUUUAUCGUUGGGGACGAUGAGGAUCUCAGUUAUUUCGACGAAUCCAGUUUGACUGGGAGCGAUGGAGAUGGAGAUGGAGAUGAAGAGGAGGAUGAAUAUGUCGCCAAACCCCGCUCGUCGCCCAGGAAGCUUUUUAGGGGAUUACGGCCAACACCAGCAUCAAUAACACCGAAAGCACUGUUUCGAGACAAAGGGGUUGUUGCUCGUGGAGGGAAUAACACAGACCCUACUAGAACUGGUGUUGGCGGUGGUGGUGUGAAUUCACAUCUUUCUGUGAAUGAUGUGAAGGCGAGAUCCAACAGGUCAACACCACACUCUUUGUUUGAUAGCAGUAGCGAUGAUAGCGAGGAUGACAGCGAUGAGCAGAAUGUGGUGAUUCCAUUGUUGCCGAAGAAAUUCGAUCUGAAGCCUCCUGCAUCGCUUACUGGCUCAAAAAAACCAAUCUCUCCGAAGAAAAAUAGGGGCAUUGAUCACGAAUCUAUUGGUGGAAGUAUGGAAGGCUCCCAGCCGUCAUCCUCUUCCAGGUCAGGGGAAUCAGAGAACCGGACAGCGGUCAUCGUCACUCCGCCAUCCAGUCCUUCAAAACUUCGCCUAUACUCGCCCUCUAAAAGCAAGAGCCGGAUCCCACCCACCCCCCAUCGACCCAGCAUAGACGCUUUCUGGAGCCAAGAUAUCAUCAACGAAUGGAACGACCAGUACUCUCCUAGGAAAAUGAAUACCCCACGCAGAGGUCUUGAGAGGUUCCACAUAUACUCAGAUAACGAAGACAGUAGCAAGGGGAUCAUGUCCAACAGACGCUCCACCUCACCGCAGUCAUCACCCUCGAAGAGCCCAAUUAAAGGUCCCCCUUCGAAUAAGGCCGCAGCCGCUGCAGCUGCGGCGGCAAAGAAGGCCCUCGCAGCUCAGAAGAAAGAGUUCGACGAGAAGAAAAUACGGAUGGCGGAGGAGUUCUUUAAGGCUCUCGACGACGCUGUGACGGGUGGGGAGAUACAGAAACUCGCUGCAGCUGCGGGAGGGGUGAAGAUUAUCUGGAGCAAGACCCUAAACACUACGGCUGGCAGGGCAAAUUGGAAGCGCGAGACUGUCAGGCAGAAGCCGUCUUUAGUGCCUGUUCAGCAAACGGAAUCGAAACAGCAGGCGACAUCGUCAUUAUUAUUAUCUGCUGCUGCCUGUCAUGAAGAUAACGUUUCAACGACGACGACCACUGCAGCGGAUAGCAGCAAGUCAACACUCACGGGUACAUCAAGCAGCACCGGCAGCAACACCAGCGCCGGUAGCAAAAUCAAUGCAAUCCCUCUAACUCCGGCCCUCCUCGCCCCCAUACGCCACUACGCCUCCAUCGAACUCGCCUCAAAAGUCAUAGACAGCGAAGACCGCCUUCUCAACACCCUCGCGCACGAAUACUGCCACCUAGCCAACUUCAUGAUCUCUAAUGUGCGCAAUAACCCGCACGGCAUCAGCUUCAAGCAGUGGGCGGCCAGGUGCGAGCAGGCGCUAGCUGCGCAUCCUCUCUAUGGCUGUGCAGAUGGGGGUACGGGUACGAAGACGAAAAUUCGCAUUACGACGAAACACUCGUAUGUCAUCCAUUAUAAGUACUUGUGGUGUUGUGUGGAGUGUGGACAUGAGUAUGGGCGGCAUUCGAGGAGUAUUGAUGUGAAGAAGAGUCGGUGUGGGAGGUGUAAGGUGGGUGAGUUGGUGCAGGCUCGGCCGAAGCCUAGGGGGAUGAAGGGGAAGGUGGUGGGGCCUGGUGUAAAGGGCAUGGGGGCUGUUGAGGGGGUUACGAAGUCAAUGGGAGGGGUGCAUUUGGAUAUGUAGUGAUGGAGUCGUCAUGUACGUACAUGCGUGCGCAUUCCAUCCAUUUGUAUUGGUAUUGGUGUUUGUGUUGUUUCGUGGAGAUUUAAGGUGGACCCUAUGGAUGGAUAUUUGGUACGUAUUCUCGGGCUUGUGAUGGAUUGAAAUGCCGGUUUGGAAAAUGUCUGUUGAUAUGAUAUGUGAAAUGAUGUGUACGGAACGGGGAUUUUUUUAGUAGGGGAAGAGUUAACACUAGAAGGUCUGGCCUUCACGUCGAUCGAGGUGACGCAGUUGCAUGCUGUACAUUAUUUGAACUGCUCCCUCCCUUGUUGAAGGUGUAUGUUUUAUGAGAGAGACGGACGGGGUCUUGAUCUUGUUGUACUCUUUUGUACAUAGCAUGUUCUGCAGGAAUGACUGGUCCAUAUUUCCUUGCUUCCUUUAAUGAAGUUUCAAAUAUUGCGUUCUUUUAAAUUCUAUCUUCUCUCCAUUUGCUAAAAGGGUGCGGUAGGAUUUUAUCUGAUAUCAUUCAUUGUUGCUCGACUUCCCUCGACGAAACUAAAAGAAACAGGUGAUAUACUCCGAGAAUGAUGCGAUUUCAAUCGUCCCCCUAUUCACUAUCAUCCUCGUCCUCCUCCUCCUCAUCAUCAUCAUCAUCCUCAUCCUCCUCCUCACUAUCCGCAUUCACCAACCACUCAAUAAACGGCUCCGUCUGCCUCCUAACCCUCUUCAACCCCUCACUCGCCACCCCCCUCUCAUCCGCCCACCACUGCUCAAAUGCCUCCUCCUCCACCGUCUCCAAAUCAUACAAUUCCUUCGCCAUAAACAACAACACAGUCUCCCCGCGACUCCUCUCCACCAACUCCUGCUGAAUCAAUAAUAGCAAAUCAACCUGAUCGGGCUUCCGCACUGGCUCGUCCCGAUCAAACACAAUCCGCUCCAGGAUAUCCUUGUAUUUGGUAAGGACCUGCUUGACGGCAUCGCUGGCGCUGAGCGAGGGCUGCGAGGGCGAGGGGGAGGGCGCGUCCAUGAGUUGCUGGAUGCGUUUGAGGAAGGCGGUCACGACAGCGCGGCGCACCUGGUGCUCGGAAGCGUUGGCGCUCAUGCGCAGGCCGACGAGCUCGAGCUGCACGACGUCGGCGCUGAGGCCGUCGCGGAGCCCGUCGUAAAUGCUGUUGACGGCGUCGUGGUGGAAAUGGGUGCGGUCGCCGUCGUCGUCGGAGACGGAGGCGCCGAAGCUACCGCUUCGGUAGAGGGGGGAGAAGUCGUCAUCUGAGAACUCGGACGAGAGGGUGGAGAUUGAGGCGGUGGAGAGGGAGAGGGAGGCCAUGUUGUAUACUGUAUCUGUGUGGUUAGUAAAUAAAUCGUGUGCUGUAUUGGUAUAAAAAAGGGAGAAGGGAAAUAUAAAAUAAAUAGAAAAUAAAAUAAAAUAAAAUAAAAAAACAGAGGAACACCUACAUAAGCCAGAUGAAGAAACGCUUUCAUCAUCGUUCUCAUCAUCCUCAUCCUCCUCGCGGGAG